AUGCAUUACAGCCAGCCCACACCAGAGGUGCUGAAAGGAGCCAUCCAGCUGGGCAUCGGCUACGCUGUGGGCAACCUCAGCUCCAAACCAGACCGAGACGUCCUCAUGCAGGACUUCUCUGUGGUGGAGACCGUCUUCUUGCCCAGUGAUGGAAGCAACCAAACUCCAGCGCAUCACUUCCCUGACUUCCGUCUGAAAACGUACGCCCCGCUGGCGUUUCGCUACUUCAGGGAACUCUUUGGUAUCAAACCCGAUGACUACCUGUACUCCUUCUGUAACGAGCCGCUGAUCGAGCUGUCCAAUCCCGGAGCCAGCAGCUCCUGGUUCUACCUGACGAGCGACGACGAGUUCAUCAUCAAGACGGUGCAGCCCAAAGAGGCCGAGUUCCUGCAGAAGCUGCUUCCUGGUUACUACAUGAACCUGAACCAGAACCCGCGGACGCUGCUGCCCAAGUUCUACGGCCUGUACUGCAUCCAGUGCGGCAGCGUGACGGUGCGCGUGGUGGUCAUGAACAACGUUCUGCCGCGCGCCAUGAACAUGCACUACAAGUACGACCUGAAAGGCUCCUCGUACAAACGGCGCGCCUCGCACAAGGAGCGCGCCAAGGCCUCGCCCACCUUCAAAGACCUGGACUUCCAGGACAUACACGAGGGGCUGUUCUUCGACCCCGACACCUACAACGCCCUGAUGAAGACGCUGCAGAGGGACUGCCGGGUUCUAGAAAGCUUUAAGAUCAUGGACUACAGUCUGCUGCUGGGGAUCCACGUGUUGGACAGGAAGCCUCUGAGCCGGGGAAGCCGAUGCGACAGCCGGAGGGGACAGAAAGUCCUCUACUCCACCGCCCUCGAGUCCAUCCAGGGGAGCGUCAAGGAUCCAGAACCAGUGGCCGAUGACGACACACUUGGAGGAAUUCCUGCCAAACACAAGGAUGAGAACCUGCUCAUCUUUUUAGGAAUCAUCGACAUCCUUCAGUCCUACAGGUUCAUGAAGAAGGUGGAACACUCCUGGAAGGCUCUUGUUCACGACGGGGACACGGUGUCGGUCCACAGGCCCAGUUUUUACGCAGACAGAUUUCUGAAGUUCAUGGGGACGACGGUUUUCAAGAAGUUUCACCCUCUACGAGGAGCGUCCUCCAGGAGGAAGAGGGGCUCCCUCCACGCAAAUCAAGCUAAGUCCUACUCCCAGGAGGUCCUGUCCCCACUGUGGGAGUUGAAGGACGAGAAGAAGGCCCAGAGCCUGGACAACCUGGAUGGAAACUUUUACAGUUCCUCCAAACAACCAGAUCUUCUUCCAACAUCUGCGCUCACUCACGAGUCCAACCAGAACCCAGAAGAGGACCCAGGAAACAGAGGGCCACUGUCCUGCAUGUUUUAG